UCCUCUCUGCCUCAGACUCUCUCUGAACUCUGAAACUCCCUCAGUUUGCACUGACAUUUCACCACUUUGGGUUUCUGUGCUUAUCUCUGCAACCUCUGAACCCACUUUCUCCAGUUUCUUGGUCCCCAAAAAGCUAUAUCAAUGGCUUCCUGUAGCCUAGGGAUAUCAUAUACUAAAAUUACAAGCUUGAACUUGGGUAGAACAAGAGUUGGGAUUUCACAGUCGCAUGCUGUAAGAAGUUGUAUACUGCAAAGACCACAACUUUACUCAGGUUUGUCGAUAUCAAGCCGGUCAGAGAGAGUGUUACAUGUACGCAGCGCUCCAUCUUUAGAAGUCAUAUCUCCGACAAGUUUAGAAGAUGGUUCUAAAGAGAGUGAUUCUGGUUCAGCAGGCCCACGCAUUCCAAACUUUGAUGAGAUACAAUCUUUGCUUACAACAAUAUGCGAUACAACUUCAAUUGCAGAGGUUCAGCUAAAACUCGGUGCAUUCCGAUUACAUGUGGUGAGAGAGUUGACUGAAACUGUUAACACUCCACCUCCUUCAAUUCCCGCUCCUGUUACUGUGAGUGCAAGUACACCUGUUGAAGCACCGGAAUCCAAUGGAUCAGUUCCUACACAAUCUUUAGCUAUCACUAGACUAGAACCUUCUUCAAGAGAUAUUCAAACAUUGCUAGAUAGAGCUGCUGAUGAAGGCUUGGUGUUGAUUCAGUCUCCACGAGUGGGGUCAUUUAGAAGAUCUCGAACAAUCAAGGGGAAGCGUGCUCCCCCAUCAUGUAAAGAGAAGCAAGUAGUGAAAGAGGGCCAAGUGAUUUGCUACAUAGAACAGCUAGGAGGAGAACUUCCAAUUGAGUCUGAUGUGGCUGGGGAGGUCAUCAAGAUACUACGAGAAGAUGGUGAACCUGUUGGAUACGGUGAUGCUCUGAUCGCAGUUCUUCCCUCGUUUCCCGGAAUUAAGAAGCUUCAAUAGACAAUUGGUUUGAUAAUUGUGUACUGGAAAUCUAGAAUAAAGAAAAUAUUUGUUCUAAUAUUUUUUUUUACUCCGCUUGAAUUGAUCUCUUUGACAGUAGUAUCAUGUGAGCUGGCUAACUUGUACA